AUGGUCGAGUGCCCGAUCUGCAGCAAACAGGUCCAAUCGGUGAAAAUCAACGAUCACAUCGACUCACAAUGUCAGGACUUCGUCAUUGAUCCUGCCGCUGCCGCGCCGGCCUUGUCGUCACCGGCCGGUCCGGCACCCUCCACCCAGAAUACCUUCUUCUCCUCCCAGAAACGACCAGCAUCAAGCUUCUUCCAGACCCCAGCCUCAAAGAAGCAGGCGACACCGGCAGCUCAUGGGAUAGCACCGAGAAUCCUCCUCCCAGUUGUGAAUGGCACCGAUGCAGCAAAACUCAAUGGAGGGCAAAAGCGCAGAUUUGAUGAGGGACCAGGGCAGGGCGAGGACUCACCAAUGCCCGAUAUCAAUGGGCAAUCGGACACAGUCGUCGCAGAAGAGUCGGGCAGGGUGAUCAAGAGGACGAAAACGAGCAAAGCAGCACCCUUGGCAGAGCGUAUGCGCCCACACAAUUUCAGCGAUGUUUUUGGACAGGAGCUGGUUGGGCCUCACGGUGUCUUGAGGUCCCUGAUUGAAACCGACCGAGUCCCUUCAAUGAUCCUCUGGGGUGGCAGCGGGACGGGCAAGACGACCAUUGCCAGGUGCAUAGCCCACAUGGUUGGAUCUAGGUUUAUCGAGCUGAAUGCAACAAGCUCCGGGGUCCAGGAGGUAAAAAAGAUCUUCACCGAGGCGGAGAAUGACUUGAAGCUUACGGGGCGAAAAACCAUCAUCUUUUGUGACGAGAUUCAUCGGUUCAACAAGGCCCAGCAAGACGUGUUUCUAAAGCCUGUGGAAGCGGGCACCAUCACUCUCAUAGGUGCCACGACGGAGAACCCAAGCUUCAAAGUUGUGAAUGCCCUGCUAUCUCGUUGUCGGACUUUUACUCUGCAGAAACUUACAACCGAAGAUGUUGGCAAUAUCCUUCAGCGAGCUCUACGUACGGAGCAGUCUAGCUCGUCCACCCCGCCUUCGCCUUUAUUAGACGAUGAGCUUCUCGCAUACCUUGCAAACUUUGCUGAUGGUGAUGCGCGGACUGCUCUCAACCUACUGGAGCUGGCCAUCUCCUUGUCAACACGAGAAAAUAUUACGAAAUCCGAUAUCAAGGCAUCCCUUACCAAAACGCUAGUGUACGACCGCGCAGGCGACCAACACUACGAUACAAUAUCUGCCUUUCACAAAUCUGUCCGUGGCUCAGAUGCCGAUGCAGCACUCUACUAUCUGGCCCGGAUGUUGCAAUCUGGAGAAGACCCCCUCUUCAUUGCCCGGCGUAUGGUGGUUAUUGCAUCAGAGGAUGUGGGACUCGCAGACAAUAGCCUCUUGACCCUGGCCACUUCCACCUAUACGGCGACCCAGCAGAUUGGCAUGCCUGAGGCCAGAAUUCCUCUUGCGCAUUGUGCUGUGGCUCUGUGUCUGGCGCCCAAGUCGACGCGCGCGUACAGAGGACUGAACAAUGCAUACGCGGCCUUGCGAGAACCAGGCGUGGCUGGUCUGCCAGUGCCGAUACAUUUGAGAAAUGCGCCUACGAGGUUGAUGAAGGACCUAGGGUAUGGGGCCGAAUACAAGUACAACCCCAAUUACAAAGACGGCAAAGUCAAGCAAGAGUACCUACCAAAUGAUCUGCUUGGCAGGAGGUUCCUGGAAGACAGGGACCUGGGGACGGUUGUGGAUCCGGACCUUGUAGAGGAAGGCUGA